CGCUGCUCGACUCCCGGGAAAUAUUAUAGUAAUAAUUGCACAAUUAGAUGCCACUGGCCUUGGGCACGAUCUCACACGCAUGCACUCCUAUCAUCGCCACUGCUACUACAACAUCAAUAGACAGCCUUGAAGUAAUUCAUGAUGAGUGCCGUCCUCAUAAAUUCCAAUAUCUUCACACCAAAGUGCUUUCCGAGCAAUUCUGCAAUGACAAUGGCAAUCGAGAAAGAAGGGUAAGCGCGGCACUACCCGCUUGCGCAUGCCAAGACUUCAACCCGUUCAGGACAACUGUUGGAGCUCAGUAUGAUGGAAUAGUGAAGAGGGUCCCAAUCGUGUAAGGACAGUAGUCUCAGGACUGAACCGCAUUACCAUCUCCAUCACUGCCACGACCAUUGCGAUCGGAGGUGAGCAGGAGGAACAUCAAGCAGCCGUCUAGCAGCUUGCUCGCAUGUAAAAGUGCAGCUUGUCGAUAGCAACUCCUCGUCGUCCACCUCGGACGCCAUUGGCCCCAUUGGGCAACACCACGAUCGACUAUGGCUGUCGACAAUGGCGCCGAC